CCCAGUCCAGCAUCAGCGCCUCUGCUUAGGGGAGAGGAAGCUGGAGUCAGCGCCGAUCAGGACCGCGUAACACCCCGAGACAUUGUGGACACACCUCAUCCCGUCGCUGUGAAGGUUUGUCCGCCAUGAAGUUGUCAAACACUCGCCCCUCCCGGGUGGGAAGACACCCCUUCGUCCACGAGCUGAGAUUCACCAUGACAGAGAAGAUCCAGAUCGGGCUGAUGUCGGUCACAGUGUUUCCCGUGCGGCUGCUGCUGGUGUCCUCCUUCAUGCUGCUGGCGUGGCCCUUCGCCUUCGCAGCCUCCCUGGGACGCUCCGAGUUUGUCCUGGAGCCACAGCCAUGGUGGAGGAGGUUUAUAGAUCUGUGUUUGCGGGUGAUCAUGCGAGCCAUGUGGUUUUGCGGAGGGUUCCACUGGAUCAAGGUGAAAGGGGAACCCGCAGCGCCCUCUGAAGUUCCCAUCCUCACCGUGGCGCCGCACUCCUCCUACUUCGAUGCCAUCCCCGUCACCAUGACCAUGUGCUCCAUCGUCGCCAAACUGGAGAGCGCGAGCAUUCCCAUCUGGGGCACUCUGAUCAACUACAUCAGGCCAGUGUAUGUGUUUCGGUCCGACCAGGACUCCAGGAGAAAAACUGUAGAGGAAAUAAAGCGGAGAGCGCAGUCUGGAGGGGAGUGGCCUCAGAUUAUGAUAUUUCCAGAGGGGACGUGCACCAACAGGUCGGGUCUCAUCUUAUUCAAGGCUGGUGCUUUUAUUCCUGGACUCCCAGUGCAACCAGUGGUGCUACGCUACCCAAACAAACUGGAUACUGUUACAUGGACAUGGCAAGGUCCCGCAGCGUUCAAGAUCCUAUGGCUCACUCUGUGUCAGCCUCAUAAUCCUAUGGAGAUCGAGUAUUUGCCUAUUUACACACCAUCAAACGAGGAGAAGGAAAACCCGGCCUUGUUUGCCAGUAAUGUCAGAAAGCUCAUGGCCAAGGCGUUGGAGCUGCCACUCACAGACCUGUCAUUCGAUGACCGUGACAUCAUCCUAUCACAGGGCCCGCUGCGCAUUCAAGACUACAGCGGCCUGCUGGAGUUUAACCAACUGAUGUGUCGCUUGGGACUGAGAUCAGGAAGCAGAAACGAGCUGCUAGAGGAGCAGCCAAAGAGAGCCAGGAAGCUGCAGGGGGAGCGGCUGAGUUUAGACGACUUCGCCCGGGUCCUAAACCUCCCAGUUACAGACACACUCACACAAGUCCACAGUUUUUUCGACCAGCGUGGAGAUGGACAGAUAGACAUCAGACACUUUGUUAUUGGGCUGUCCACUGUUCAUCAACCAUCAAAGUCAAUGGAGACCCUCAAACUGGCCUUCAAGAUGUAUGAGAGCGAGGAGGACGGGGACGUCCAAGAGGAGGACCUCGCCACCAUCUUGGAAAUCAUGCUGGGAGUGGAAGAGGUGGAGCUCUCGGGUCUGUUUUUAUCGCUCGACAGACCCGACAAAGAGAGGAUCACAUACGAUGAACUUCAUCGUUUUAUAGUGCAGCAUCCUCGCUUCGUCCUGGAACAUCUCGACUUUAAAGAUCAUCCACGCAAAUUCGGCCAACAGAAGAGCUGCAACGGCCACAACCACGACAAAGACGAAUGACAUGAAAUCCAACCGCUCUAUUUACCUUUUGUGUCUGAUGUAACAGGAUCUCCACAUGCUGCAGCUUGCCUAGCACCUCUGUGCCUUCAUGUGCCAGUGAGGAGAAAAAUUCAAGGUGUUAUGAAGUGUAACGAUGGAUCAGUGGACCACAGACGCUGGAAUCAGAAUCUCAGCUCCAUCAUUUCUUUCAUUUCUCCUCUGAACUUUUUGUGCCUUCCUUUUGUUUUAGUCUAACGAUAUAAAGAUUUUUAUGCUCUGUGGAUAUUAUAUUUAUUUUCAAUUUAUUUUCUUAUAUAUGAAGUACAGGUUUUUAAGAACGGGGUGCCUUUUAACCCUGCUGAUGACCUUGUGUUGUGGGUUUAGUUCUGUUGUUGAUCUCAGGCCAAUGGCUAAAAACGCACAUUUCCCUUUAAUGCCGCUCCUCAUUUCCAUACAGCACAACCACAGAAACACAAUUUCAGGUAAAAACAAAACAUAUAUAUAUAGUAGAUAAUUCUGCCAUGCUCAUCAUAACAGAACGUUACAUACUGCAGGCAAAAGCUGAAGAAAGUAGCCAUUGAAUCCACUCAAGCAGCUGUCCCACUGCCUCAGAAAUAAAGUUUUGAAAUGGAUAAUAUAUAUUCAUAGUGUCAGGGAAUCCAUUCUAGGAAUCGCUCAAAGUUUGUCUCAAAGUAAAAACCAUUCCUGUUUCAGUUAUUUGUGAAGCUUUCCGCACUAAAACUAACAGGAGGCAGAAAUACAAAGAAUGUGAAUUCUAAGCUUACCAAGAACUAUGGGAUAAUAGCAACUUAUUUAUGUAUACGGGUGAAUAAUAUAGUUAAAAAAGCUGUAGGUUAUACACUACAAAAAAAAGAUAUUGUGAUGAAUAAAAGGCUCAACAUGUCAAUAUCAAUGAUCUGUUCGUAUUACACUGCGUUCUAAAGUGAUGGUAUAUUUUGAAUGGAGCUUUUAUACAACUUCUUCAAACCUCUUUGGUAUGAUUUCCCAAAGCUCGUUAAAACGAUUUGAAAGUGGGCUCGUUUUUCUAAGAAGUUCUGAGUCUUUCUCUCUCAGCAGUUAAAUCUCAAUCGAGAAGAUAACGCGCCUCCUCACUUUCUCUCAGCCUCUACGUUUCUCUGCGGGUUGAAAUAGCGCUCUCUAAUGGUUCAUGCUGGACGUACGACUGCAUUGUUCCUGUAUGUAAGAGCCUAUAAUGCAGGAAUCAAACCUCUUUUGUUUCUAUUUCAUUUUUUACAAAUAAAGUGCUUUGAGUUUUGA